AUGUCUGAUCUGAACGAAUCUUCGGUACUGAAUCGCACCUCAAGACCUUUACUCUUGACAAACUCGAUCACCUCGAUCGCCGACUUGGUGAUAUACGACAUGUCCUUACCGUGCGAAUGCUGUCUCAAGAAACUGGAGGUUCCGAUGAAGAUAUUCACUCCGUCAACGCCUGUUUCCACGGCCACUUUGGCGUCGUGCAUGUGGCAUCUAAUAUGCGUAAGAAUCUUGGACGUUUUCAAUCCCAAUUUGCAAAUGGCUUCCACCUCCUCGCGCGCUUGUUCAGAAGCAACAGGCGAUGUCAAUUCGAUGUAA